CUGAGCGGCGGCGGCGGCGGCGGCGACGUCGGCCGGGACCGGACGGGACGGGGAUCCGUGGCCGUUCCUGGCUGUGACCCUCGGCUCCUCAGCCCAGGCGCGGCGGCCGCGGACGGACCGAGCAUGGCCGAGUCCCCGCCGCCGCCCACCGCGGAUGCUGAAAGUUGCAGCGGAGAGCUGGCGAGCGGCGGGGAGCGGCGGCCGGAGGAGCCGCCCGGCGCGGCGACCCGAGAGGGCGAGGCGGGGCACUCGGAGCCCGGCUCGCCGGCGGCCGCCCCCUUCUUCCUGCUCUACCCGGGCGAUGGAGGCGCGGGCUUCGCGGCGCGCCCGCCGCCGCCGCCACAGCGCGCCUGGAGGACGCCGCCGUCGCCGGGCUCCCCGCUGCCCUUCCUGCUGCUGAGCUACCCGAGCGGCGGCAGCGGCGGCGGCAAGCACCAUCCUAAUUAUCUCAUGGCUAACGAACGCAUGAACCUGAUGAACAUGGCCAAGCUGAGUAUCAAAGGCUUGAUUGAAUCAGCUCUGAACCUGGGAAGGACUCUGGACUCUGACUAUGCACCCCUCCAGCAAUUUUUCGUGGUGAUGGAGCACUGUCUAAAACAUGGUUUAAAAGCAAAGAAAACUUUCCUUGGACAAAAUAAAUCCUUCUGGGGACCUCUCGAACUUGUGGAAAAACUUGUUCCAGAAGCUGGAGAAAUAACCGCAAGUGUUAAAGAUCUUCCAGGACUUAAGACCCCAGUAGGCAGAGGAAGAGCCUGGCUUCGAUUGGCAUUAAUGCAAAAGAAACUUUCAGAAUAUAUGAAAGCUUUGAUCAAUAAGAAGGAACUUCUCAGUGAAUUCUAUGAGCCCAAUGCUCUCAUGAUGGAGGAGGAAGGAGCCAUAAUUGCUGGUUUGUUGGUGGGUUUGAAUGUCAUCGACGCCAAUUUCUGUAUGAAAGGAGAAGAUCUGGACUCUCAGGUUGGAGUUAUAGAUUUUUCCAUGUAUCUGAAGGAUGGGAACAGCAGUAAAGGUAGUGAAGGGGAUGGUCAGAUUACUGCAAUUCUGGACCAGAAGAACUACGUAGAAGAACUCAACAGACAUUUGAAUGCUACUGUAAACAACCUUCAGACAAAAGUAGACACAUUAGAAAAAGCAAACACUAAACUGACUGAAGAGCUUGCUGUUGCAAACAACAGAAUCAUUACCCUACAAGAAGAAAUGGAACGUGUUAAAGAAGAAAGCUCAUACAUACUAGAAUCCAAUCGCAAGGGUCCUAAACCAGACAGAACUACAGAAGGACAAGCACUAAGUGAAGCAAGAAAGCACUUAAAGGAGGAGACACAAUUACGGCUGGAUGUUGAAAAAGAACUGGAAAUCCAGAUCAGCAUGAGACAGGAGAUGGAACUUGCUAUGAAGAUGCUGGAGAAAGAUGUCUGUGAGAAGCAAGAUGCCCUGGUGUCUCUGAGGCAGCAACUUGAUGAUCUCAGGGCUCUCAAGCAUGAACUAGCCUUUAAGCUACAGAGUUCAGACUUAGGAGUAAAACAGAAAAGUGAACUAAACAGUCGUUUGGAAGAGAAGACUAAUCAGAUGGCUGCUACCAUUAAACAACUGGAACAAAGAUUGCGCCAGGCUGAGCGAGGCCGACAGUCUGCUGAGUUGGACAACCGGCUCUUCAAACAGGACUUUGGAGACAAGAUCAACAGCCUACAGCUGGAAGUGGAGGAGCUCACGAGGCAGCGGAACCAGCUUGAGUUAGAACUAAAACAAGAAAAGGAAAGAAGGUUACAAAUCAACAAGAGCAUCCCAGGAAAAGGAUCACAGAAGCCAGAAUACAAGACGGAUGGAAAGCACAAAAUUCAAGAGGAAAAUGUUAAGUGCCUGGAAGAAGGCCACAGGCUACACUCACUCCCUACAGAUGAACAGCAGGAUUUGCUAAUGCCCUCUGAAAAGCCACAGAUGUGUCAACUGUGCCAAGAAGAUGGCAGCCUAACAAAGAAUGUGUGUAAGAACUGCAGAGGAACAUUCUGUAAUGCCUGCUCAACAAAUGAAUUGCCUCUUCCUUCCAGUAUCAAGCCUGAAAGAGUUUGCAACCCCUGUCACACACAGCUGAUGAAGCAGUAUUCCACCAGCCCAUCCUAAGUCUGGAGGCCAAGACCUGGACCAAACCGUUCAUGCAGGACUAACUUCUACCUUUGUUAGCUAUCAAGACCCUCAAAAGCCCAGUCCUUAGAAUCAAAUGGAGUUCAUAGGAAAUAAACCUAUUAACUUAAAGGAAGUUGAUUUAAGUAAACCAGGUCCAGGGAGAAAAGGCAGGGUAGUUACUUGGUUGAGCCUUUCUUUUCUAAAUCAAGCCCAAUUUGAAGGGUUCAUUUUAUGGUCUGUCAUGACCAGUGAUAAUGACAUAAUAGUAAAGAGUCACAGAAGAUAAUAAAAAGGGGCUGAAAUUGUAGCCCAGUGGUAGAGCACUUGCCUUGCAUGCAUAAGGCCCCAAGUACAAUCUCCAGCAUCACACAAAAGAAAAAAAAAUCAUCUCCCUCUACUCUAUUUGCAGCUUUAAAAGGUAGGAAGAUAAAAAUGACAAAUGUUAUCUAUUUAUCCAGGUGCUGCUAGACAUAAAGAUUGCUUCCUCUUUAUUCCCAUCAACUACCUCUUUAAAA